CAGUCAGUAUUGUUAAAGCAUUCGAAAGACAAAGACCGUCGCGUCAGCGCUGUCGUACCGUGCUGGCUGUCUAUUUACGAGUCGUUUACCGUGGCCCGUUGUUGUUGGUGAUAAAUAUAAUAAUUUCAUUAUAAACAUACAGGCAUUGAAUCGGAUUGGUUGCGUUUGCUGUGUGCAUGCAAAUGCGAUUGUUUCCAAAACAUUUCUGUCGUCAUGUCACCGAAGAAACUGUGUUGUGACUUUAUAGGCGGUGAUAAUUGAGUGAGUGAGUGUUCGAUACGGCCCAGUGAUUCGGGUUUGUAGAGUGUCCCCAGUGUAUUGCAGCUAUUAUCAGCUACAUAAUUCCACCAGGGGCGCCGUUGACCGAUGGAUUGUGUAGUGGCGCGCCUCCACGGCCGCCAUGCAGGAACUCGUGGUUUGGUCUAGCCUCAACGAACACCGGCAAGACGGCGGCGACAGACACUGUCACGACGGGCGGUGCCGACAGUGCCAGCGGAGGCUCCGGCGGGUCGGGCAUGGAGUGCCUGCAACUGCGGUCGCCGCCCGGACCUUUUCACUAUCUCAUCUCGGAGCAGGCUAAGUCCCUCGUCGCUUUACAGGAACUCCAGAAUGAGGUCGGCGCUCUCCUUGAGUUCCGCGACCUCGUCAUCGAGACAUUCCCGAACCUCCGCUCAAAGAUGGCGCCGUCCACGCCCGCCAGCGACACGCGCCGCGACUGGGAACCAGGCGUGCGCGUGCGCAGGAAGCUGGCAGGCGGCGGCGGAGACGCCACUAGAACUAAACCUCAACCGUCCGUGCAAGACUCUGGCUUCAGCACUGAAACUUCAUGCGGAAAAGAUGCUCAUUCGUCGUCUGCUUCGGCUAAUGCUUCCACUUCUAGAUCAAGGCCUUUGGAAGAUGACCUCUGGGCGUUGCUCGAUGUCAUUCAGAGGAAAGGCGUCAGGUUACGAGAUGAAGCGGAAUUGCUGCGUGGAGAACUCGAUGAAAGGCAUUCUGGUGACACUGCUGAGGAGUCGUUCGCGAGGGCCUUGUCAGGUGGCUGCGCCGAAUGCGAAGACGUGCAGCGGUUGCGUUGCGAGCGGGACGCGCUGCUGACGCGCGCCGCACAGCUGGAAGCCGCGGCCGCGCGCUCGCCGCCGGCCGCCGGCGCCGCGUCGCCGCUGGGGCGCCUGGACUCGGCGCUGGGGACGCCGGCGCGGCCGCCGCGCGUGCGCACGCCCGACUCCACCAAGUUCGCGGCGAUUCUCCACGAGAGCAAUCCUGUCGAACUGCAGCGCCAGUUGCUGACUUCCACCGUUCAGAAUCAGAUGUACUGUGAGAAAUUGAGACGCGCGGCGGCGCAUCGGACGCUGCUGCUCGAGCGGCUGGAGCGCGCCAGGGAUCUCAACGAGGACCUUAAAUUCAGGCUCGAAGAAAAAAGUAUAGAGCUGGAAGGCGCGCGCGCGCAACUGAGACAGCUGGAAGGCAAGUCGCGGUCGCACAGCGGCGCGCGGGACUCCAUGCGGGAGCUGCAGCCGCUAGCGCCGGCCGGGGACGAGUCCCCGCGCCGGCGCCCCAGCCGCAUCCCGCUGCACACAGCACACACAGCGCACGCAGCGCACACACACAGCGCACACAAGGGCGCGGCGCCGCGGCCGCCGUCGGCGCUGUCGGCGCGCAAGGACAAGGCGGCGGCGCCGCGGCGCCCGGCGCCGCCCGACAACAAGCCGAGUGAGUGCGCGGCGCAGUACGUGGCGCGCGCGGGGCGCCUGUGCGAGCGGCUGGCGCGCGCGCGCCCGCUGCCGCUGGAGCUGCAGCUGCAGUACCAGAGUCCCCACAACCUAGCGGUCGAACUGUCCAAAUCCAUCCUUUACGAAAACGCAGACUCCAUCGAUAAAACUAUCAAGUCUAUCCGCGAGGAUUCCCUGUGGAACGGAAAGCCGCAACAAUACUUCGAGAGCAUGAACUUUGGGGACGCGAAGGACUACGACAGUGACUCGUUGGCGUGAGCGGAUUUAACGACUGCGGCCUCUUUUUGUGCGAAUGUUCCAGACUUUUUUCGAACGAAAGUCGUUGGAAAGACGUCGAAUCGAAACAAGUUUUUAUCUAAAUUUUCACUCGAACGCACUUUAAGCGCAACGAGAUACGUUAAAUUUUUAAAAUCUAGAUGUUAGGUGUAAAUCGAAUGUAUUGUUUGUUUCAAUUCGCGUUAAACUUCGUGCGAAUUAAGUCCUCGGUGUUUUUGUUUAAAUGUGUGGGUCAACUCGAUGCAUUUGAAGAUGUGUGCGUGAGAUUACUAUUAAGAAUAUAAACAUUGUUGAAUUCAUCCGUUACUCUAUCAUUCCAUAUCAAAAGGCGCACUUUUAAUGUCUCGAGUGAUCUGUGAUAUGGUUUAUUUGAUCAUAAUUACAAUAUAAAACUGGGCAUAUGUACUCCAUUAUCUAAUGUAAUAGUGUCAUUUAUUAUUGUAUUACAUUUUUUAUAAUGGCAUUUAAAAUUAUGAAAAGUUUUCUUAUGUAAAUUAAGUUUACAUUAGAGAAAAAAUAUCUGUAAGUGAAAUUAUUCCUUAAUGAAUUUAAUUAUGAUAUUUCGUUAAAAUGUGCAAGUUGAUAUUUAUGUUUACUAAAAAGAAUGUUUGAAUAAUGGUAGCUAUUUAAUGUAAUUAUUGUCAUUCCUAAGUCUUAAUAUAAUGCCGUUGAAUAUACAAUAGAAAAUCUAUUGUAGUGUUCGAUCGGUAGACAAUUCGAUGGCAGGCUACAGAAUCAAAUGAGUGAGAGCUUGGAACGACUAGCAAGGCUGUGAAAACUGAAGUGUGCUUGAACAGUGGGAGAAUUAAAGUUAGUUAGCGAAUAAAUUAAAUGGUUCACACGGUAACACUUGGUGUGACGAUUAUACUAUUGUUGUUGAACUUUGUCCAAACGUCCGGUACUGACGUCCUAACGACUGCCUGACUUUACGAUUUAUCCUUCGCUCGAUCCCCUGAUUUUCGUCGAACAAUUUUCUUUUGAGUAGAAAAAAGCUUAAAGUUAGAGACGAAAAUCGGUAGGUCGUAGGAAGAACAAAUCAAUUUUACUGUAAUGUUGAAUUAGUUACGAUUACGUUCCAAAAGGCAGAGCUCGGUGACAUAGUAGAGACUGAUUUUGUAUAAAUCUAAAACAUAGUGAUAUGCUUAUACCAACGGAGGCGACUCCAUUUAGAAUCCAUAAAACGUUUCUUACCUAAGUUUAAGCUUUGCAAUGUAAAAAAAUAUUACUAAGGUUUAAAGUAACUAUUAGAUUUUAAUAAUAUUCCAAUUCUAUAGUGUAAAUGACUGUAUUUUAUGUAAAUUAAGAUAAAUAGUUCAAUAGAAAUCAACUGUUUAUUGUACAGCUUUAUUCACUUUAUUGUAAAUUAUUACGCCACUAAGAUACUCAUAAAAUGUCUAGUUGACUUGAAUCUAGUUGAUGACGUAUGUAAAUUGUACAGAAAUCAUAUCGUAUUAUACAAAUUCUUCAAAUAAAUUGUUCAUAUCAAAAUACUGGUUUCAAUUAUUAUGUAAUCAUAAAUUAAACAUACAAAAUGUAACACUUAAAUAAUAAGAACAAGUUAAUAAUAGAAUUAUGACAAAAUGAAAUUAAAAUUAAAAAGAUUAAUAACAAAACAACAAAACAAAAAAAAAUAAUUCUAAUCAAAUCGUGGGCCCAAAAUAAUAUUAUUUAUCUCGUAAGUAUCAGGAUCUUUGCGGAUGAUAAUAAAUCCGUGUUGUUUUAAUUCUGUAAAAAAAAAAAAGAAAAA